CUUUACAUUUAAAUCAUCAACGGUUAAAAUUUCCAAUUGAAAUUUGUUUUGGUGUUGGUUUAAUUUAUUUUUGUCAAAAGAUUGUGUACGAUAUCUCGGUUGAUCUCGAAUCAUUCAUUUGCAAAGUCAGAAGUUUAUAUGAAAUUGCUCAAGAUCAAAUCCAAAUGAAAAAUGGCAGUACAAAUAUCUUCAGCUUCAAUUUUCAAUGGCAACAGCCAAAAUAUGAUGCACCCGUCAGCGCCAUCACAAUCCUAUGAACCGUCAACGAAGCGAUUUAAAUCGGCUGAUCUUACGUUUCAAUGCAUUGUUUGCAGUGAUGUUUCGUUUGACGAUCCAAACAUAUUGUACGAACACAUGAAAAUUAAACACAAAGAGCUGUACGAACAUGACGAUGGAAGUGCCGGUGAAAAUAGUUUCGAUAGUGAGACAGAGCAUGAACUGAGCGAUGAAGAAUAUCUCGAUCUAUCGCGAUUGCUGGAACCAAUUUGCGAGCUUAAACAAGUGGAUGAUGAUAAUGAUGAUGACAACGAGAAGAAUGUGCUGCAAAAUGCCAAUUGUCAAUCGUCAAAUGUCCAAUCGAUGCAAAAUAGUCCAUUUGGAAUGCCACUGAAUGAAGAGCAACUUCGUCUUCAGCUUCAAUUUCAAUUGCAGCUACAAAAUUACCUCUUACAAAUGCAAGCGACAAAUACUGAACUCCAACAGCGCAAGAAAAAUGGCCAUCAAAAACCGAAGGAAAAUCGAAUUGUUGAUAAACCCUUUUCAUUACCUCAAGGUCCGGGUCGAGGUCGUCGCCGUGAAUUGCCAACGACAAAUGGAGCCAUUGCUGUGCAAUCAUCCCCAACACCACCAUCCGAAUCAUGUCUAUUUCAAUGCACCCAAUGCGACAGUUCAUUCAUAUUUGCCGGUGAUUUGGCUAAACACGUUCGAUCGCACACGAAUUUGAAACCGUUUCAGUGUAGCAUUUGUCAGAAAAGUUUUACGCACAUCGGUAGCUUAAAUACUCACAUUCGCAUUCAUAGCGGCGAAAAACCAUACAAAUGUAAACUGUGUUCGAAAGCUUUUACACAAUCGAGCAGUUUAAUGGUACAUAUGCGAUCGCAUGCAACACGAAAACCCCAUCAAUGCGAAGUGUGUGAGAAGGGUUUUGUCAAUUCGAGUAGUUUAAUAUUGCACAUGAAAUCACACACCGAAGGUGAUCCAUUUCCAUGCAAUGAUUGUGACAAACGUUUCAAAUCGGCCACACUAUUGGCUGAACAUCAACGCACACACACCGACACCUAUUUGUAUCAAUGCUCGAUUUGUCGCGAAGCAUUCAAACAAUCAUGCGAAUUGGUGCAACACAUGAAAAACCAUACGGGUGACAAACCAUUUCAGUGUAGCAUUUGUGAGAAGGCCUUCACUCAACCUGGCAGCUUGAACACACACAUGCGAAUUCAUACUGGCGAAAAACCGUUUGCAUGCAAACAAAAUGGAUGUGAUAAAACAUUUACGCAAGCAUCAAGUCUUUCGGUGCAUAUGAAAGUGCAUUCGGGUGAAAAACAAUAUCGAUGUCCACAUUGUCAAAAAUCAUACAGUCAACAAUCGUAUCUCAACAAGCACAUGCUCUUCCACAGCGGUAGCACAACGGCAGAAACGGCAGUUGCUGCAUACACGUGCAAAUGGUGCAACAAACCAUUCAACGAUUCCGUACAACUCAUUCAUCAUGUAACACAAGAACAUGGCAGUUCAAACGGUGGCGCCGGUUCGGUGGCUCAAUGCAUUAUAUGCCAGGCAGAAUUCACCAGUGCUCCAUCUCUAUUAUUUCAUUUGCGCGAACACGUCGAGAAAGGUGAACAGGCCAAGCAAUAAACAAACGAGAAAAAGGUUGACCGAUUUUUUCUGUCGAUUGAUAUUGUAGUGGAAAUGAAAGUCGAUGAUAACAUUAAUACAAAGAUUAAAAGUUUUAAGAUGGCAGGGAAUUUUUUGACCAUUUUUUAAUAGUACCCCAGAUUUACCUAAUUCUUUUCUUUUUUUUCAAACAUCUUGUUUUGCUAAGCUCAAAAUCAAAUGAUUUCCAAUUCUCUGACAAUUUCUUUCAUUUUAUUUUUUUCAUACAUUUUCUGAACUCAAAUCUCCUCCCCAUCACUAUCUAUACUCAUUUUUUUCAUUAAACGACUGUCUUUGAGUGUUAGAAAUAGUAGAAUUCAACCCGUUAUUUAAGAAUAAAAACAAAAAAUAUAUAUAUAUUUUACAAUAAAUAUGUAAAGGAUAUAUCAUUGCUAUAAGUAUUGAAGAAUUAGUUAAGCGAACAGACAAAUAAAACUGAACAAAACUCCAAGAUCAAUUUAAAAUU